AUGCGACCAUCUAUGCUCCCCAAGUUGAUCGUCGCGCAAACGCCUACAGCCGCAACGAUCGGCGAAAUGGUCGACUCGCCAUACUCAAUGCAUUCUCGCAACUCAUCAGGCACAUCCGACAACUACUCACCUCUAACGCAAACUUUCUCCUUCCAUGAACACACGCGCCAAUCAAGUUCUAGCUCUUCAUCUGUCGCGUCAACUCCCCCAAAGUACGAGCCUAGCAUCGAAUCCCUCAACAACCGCGUCUCAAGGACGACCCUCCAUGAUCUUGUUGAAGAUCCCCAUGAGAGAGAGGAUGGCUUUGACCUCUGUGACAGCGCAUUCGAGUCCAACUGCCAAUGUGGUCUCGAGCAAACCCAUUCUAACCAUGACAUGUACUAUCUGAGCGAAGCCGAGAUGGAUCCCCGUCUCUGUCAGUCUGCAUCUGCUCUGGAACGACCCAGCCUGGACUACUCUCUCGCGGAUGGACCGAGCGACUUCAACAGCGACAGUGAAUUCCCUCUACAGGUAGCCAAAUCCAGAUCCAGAGCGAAUUCUGGUGAAUCAUCCGUCACCGGUCUGGCCUCUCGUGUGGGCAGUCGCCUGUCAUCGUUCUCGAAACGCCGUGACAGAACGCCGACAUCUCCUCCGACCACAGCUGUCCACCGUCUUAGCACAAAGAGCGCUCCUGUCUCUCGUGUACCUUCACGUACUUCGUCUUUCCGCAUGUCUUCUGUAGCAAAGCCUGUUCUGACUCCUCUUGACGUCGAAGCUGAGCAAACUCCGACACCAACCCCAGCCAAUAUUGCUGUCGAGACCUCAAAUCCACUGGAUAUUCAGAUACCUGAAGCGGACGAACCAAUCGAUCGCAAGGCCCUAGCCUCUACACCACUUCUUCCCAGGACAAUUCAGAAUCCCGAACCAAUCAACGAGGAUGUAGUCCAAUCUCCAUUGCAGACUCCCACUGUUGUCGACAAUGCUCAGAUAGCUCGCUUGUCAAUGAUUGGCCCAUCUUUGUCCAGUCCAAUUCUCCCCGAGAUGUCCAUGGUCUCACCUGCCCUGUCGGCGCAUACUUCCACCACUUCUCUCGGCGCUAUGCACUCUAGCCAAGUCAUGUCUUCGCCCGACAUUUCCACAAUGCACAUUGUUAGUCCCCAGGACAAGUGGGCAGAGAAGCUCGGACAUGCGAACUUCAACGUUUUCCCAGAGCCCUAUCUGCCAGAAACCUACAACAUUCACGCUUGCCGUAAACUGUUUGAGGACUGGGAAUCGGCUCGCAGGCAAUUCAUGCACCAAGCAGCGCGCACGAGUGAGCAUUAUGGUCCAACUUCGCAAGUGUACAAGUACACAGAGAAGAAGUGGGCAGAGAUUGAUGCGCAGUGGAAGAGAAACCAUGAGUUGGUUGUUGCAAAGACAGCUGCGAAUGGUGAGACGCCUGUCUUCCAGCCUCUUGCAGAGCCGGCUCCUCUCACUGAUCUGCCCGCUCUGGACGAUCCUCUGAAGUUUCCCAAACUUGACGGGUCUGACAUCGUCGGACCAAUGGUCAAGUAUGCAAAGAUCAAGCAAAAGUCAUCUUCGAAGAAAUCGGCUUUCCUCAAAUUCUUCAACCAUGUCCGAACACCGGGCAACACUUUGGGCCGCACACCAACCGGCCUCGGUCUGUGA